GCUAUGAGGUAUUAUUUGCACUAUUGUGGUCUAGUAUUCGAUUAUUACAGCUUGGAAAGUGAAUAUAAUAGCGCUAGUAAUUUAGAAAAUAAUAGUGUGCUUAUGGAUGAUUUAGAAGAUAACGAUGCGUCUGUAAAUAGCUUAGAAAAUAAAGAUGAGAAACCGGAUGAUGCUAAAAAAGCAUUUGGAAUUUCUAAUAUUCAAUAUGCUUACGGGGAUCCUGGAACUAUUCGAUCGAUUCAAAAAUGCCCAUUCUUAGGUGUACCUGUUCAAAAAACAUAUCAUUCAUGCCUUAGUAUAAAAGUAUGUGAAUUUAGUUCAACAACUCUUGAUGUUGAACAUACGUCAGUUAAUUUUGAAGAUCGACUUUAUAAAAAAAUCUUCGAUGCAAAUGAGUUUUCUGUUGAUACAUUUACUCUUAAUGUAUACGGUCAAGCUUAUAAUACACCAUGCUCUUAUAUUGAUCCAAAUACUAAUAUUCGUUGUAAUGGAAACCCUAUACUUAGAGAGUAUAAACAG